AUGAAUAAUCAUUAUGAACCAUAUGUCAGAAAUAAGAGAGAUUUAAAAGUGCCUUACAUUUCAUGCCAAGAUUAUACUAAUUUAGAAUAAGCAUCGAAGUUAAUCCCUGCUUUGAAACAAAUUAAUCAAGCAAAUAGAAAUUUAGCAGAUACAGAGGCAUAUGCUUACAUACUUCGUAGUAAUAAUGAUGAUGAUAUUCAUAAAUCAAUAAAAUAUGGGAUUUGGACAUCAAGCAAAGAAAAUAAUGAGAAACUCAAUGCCAAAUUCUUGGAAGCACAAGAAUAAGGCAAAUCAGUUUACUUGUUUUUCAGCGUUGUUAGAAGUGGAUAAUUUGUGGGAGUUGCCAAAUUGACUUCAGGCUAUAAAGAUGAAAGUUUCCAGUAUUGGUGGGAAAUCAAGAAAUGGAAGGGUCAUUUCAAUGUCUAAUGGUUGUACGUGAAGGAUGUGCCUAACAAGCAUUUUGAGCAUCUGAAAAAUAGUGAUAAUGUAGAAGUGACUCGAUCAAGAGAUGGAGUGUUUUUGAACUGGGACACAGGAAAAGAGAUGAUGAAAAUCUUUGAGGAGUUUGCAGACAAAAAGAGUAUCCUCAAUGAUUUCACAGUCAUUGAUGAAAGAGAAUAAGCAUUGAGACAAUACAAAUAUUAGAUGCAAUAACAACGAAAUCAACAAUAAUACUAUCCUUAUUAUCAAUAUCAAUAUUAUGAUUAUCAACAAUAUCAGCAGUACCCUUAAUAUCAACAGUAUCAAAACUAUCAAUGGCAAUAACCACAGAAAUGAUUUUAUAUAUCAUGUAUUGUAAGGUUUCCAUCAGACAACAAUUACAAUAA